UGGGAGACAGAAAGAGAAAGAGAAAAAGAAGAGAGAGAGAUUUCCUCCAUAUGUCAAGGGGCUAGGGUUUAAAUUCCUAUUAAAGUGUUGUACUUAAUAGUGCAAGUGCUUGGCUGCAGCUAUAUUCUAAACUAUAUAUAUGGAUCUCUCAAUCUAAGCCUGUCCACUGUGUGAGAAGAAUUACAAAAUAAAAAUAAAAUAAAAAAAUCAAAGAUACCCACGUCACCCUAUAUUCCAAAUCACUGUUCCUUCAUCAUUUACUCAGAAUUAUUCCUUCUGGAGAAGCUUGAAAUUCAGCUUGAGGAAUUCAGAUGAAAGGAGUUGAUAGUUCUGAAGACGCAGAAAAAACUUGCAAGUCAACAAAAGGAGAAAGCUCAAGCGAUAGCUCAGUUGAAGAAAGCGAAAAGAAGGGAGGCUCCGGAUCUGCAAGGCAGUAUCAUCGCUCCAAGAUGCCGAGGCUCCGGUGGACUCCGGAGCUCCAUCUUUGUUUUGUUCACGCUGUAGAAAGACUAGGAGGACAAGAGAGAGCAACGCCUAAGUUGGUUCUUCAAUUUAUGAACAUCAAGGGCCUCAGCAUCGCUCAUGUAAAGAGUCAUCUUCAGAUGUAUAGGAACAAGAAGAUUGAUGACCCUAACCAAGUGAUGACAGAGCAAGGACUUGUUUUGGAAGGCGGUGACCAGAUAUAUAAUUUGAGCCAACUCCCCAUGUUACAAAGUUUCAAUAAUCGAAGGCCUUCUUCCAGUAUAAGUUAUGGUGAUUCUUCUUGGAGAGGACACGAAAAUCAAAGCCAUGGCUGUAAUAUGAUCGGUAAGAAUGCAGUUGAAAGAGCCGCCAAACAUGGACUUUAUAAUUCAGUAGCCGAGAGACUUCUUGGAAGCCGCAAUGAUAAAUCAAUCUCAAAUGAUCGAAUGAAUCACAAAAGCAGCAGUUGGCAAAUGAUUGAAGAACUGAGAAGCGGGAUUAAAAGAAAGAGUUUGGAUCCAGAAUGUGAUGACAAUAUCGAUUUGAAUUUAUCACUGAAGGUAAAAUCAAACAGUGAUAUUCAUGAAGGAGUACUACUUGAUGAAAAUGGUAAUUAUAAUUUGGAAUUAGGUGAUGAAGUUGAUAGUAGCUUGUCUCUUUCUCUGUCUUCAUCUUCAUCUUCAAAGCUGAGCUGCAGAUUGAAGGAGGGAGAUCGUGAUUUGAUGAAGAGGCAUCAUGAAGGCACAGCCAGUACUCUAGAUCUGACUUUAUGAAUGAGACAAAUUUCUAAGUGAGAUCCUUAAGUACUUGUGCUCAAUCAAAAUUUGAUGAUCAUCAUUGUCAUGAUGUACCAGCUACCAUAUAUAUAUAUAAGGUGAUCAUA